AUGGCGAGAAGUCCAAUCACAGCUUCGAAAGAAGGUGAAGCCACAUUAGCUGCUGAGGAAAUACUGCACUUUGAUGAUGACAAUUUAAGAGGUGAGGAACAACAUGCUGUUUCCUUAUCAUGUCGACAGCGGAUAACUUUCGCCCGGCUAACGCCCUUAGUUAUCUAUUUUUUAGGAUGUGGGAGUAAUUAUAAUAUUGAAAUUAAGCCAUUUUAUUCAAUUUUCGUAAAAGAUAUGCUUACGAUGUCUUAAUUUCAUCUCAGCAGUUGCAGAAGUUAAAGAAGGAAUGAUAAAAACACAGAAAAUAGACCAUUUUCAUGUUUAAUUUUUUCAAUUUUUUUUUUUUAAUUCAUACGUGGCUCCAAGGCUUGGGGGCUGCCUCGUACCCAGACGUCUCUCUCGAUGUGCGCGCAAAGGAAGGCGGGAAGGAGACAACCUUCCCAUGGUCCCUUGCGGUUCAUCACCAGUCACUCGUUUCGCGCUCGCCUCUGCCAUCUCUGCCAUGCGAAAAACGAAGCGCCUGAGGAGGAGGCUGGCUUGGGGGAAUAAAACAAAAGAAAUGUACUAUUCAUUGCUAAGCCUCAAGAUGAUUUCUUUGCUUUAUCGGCCCCCAAGCCUCGCUGCCAAGUAAGAAUUUUAAUAUAUCGGAAUAAUGUAUUCGCAAGUGAAACAAAUACGACUUAAUAUCACGCAAGUUCUACUUCAAAAUGCACUGACUAAAAUAAUUGUAAUUUGGUAUGUCAUAUUGUACGGUUUGCCUAACAGCUAGUCUUCUCUUAAAGCUCCAGGGAAUUCAAAACGCAUGUGCUCGCUAGGUAUAUUCAGUGCCUAAAUUCUGUCACUUCAGGCCAAUAUGACGGGAUUUGCACUGGCUACCUGUAAGGCAAACCAUCGAUUUUAAGGGAAUUUUAAUUAGUUCUAAGAUUUUAAAUAACGCGGCUCCUACUUUCUUCUCUUAUUUGUGUGAUGGAUCCUUACUCCGCUUUCCUCCAGUGAAAUCAUUGCAAAGACCCUUGGUAAUUGCGCUCUUAAGUUCGCUGCCCCAAAGUUGUGGAACAAUCUACUACAUGACAUAAGGACGACCACGAGUCUAUCAUGUUUUAAAAUGAAACUGAAAAUAUUUUUAUUGUCCCAAGUUUUUUCAUAACAGGGUUCUUAAUUUUCACUGGUAUGCACUUAUGAAAUUAUUACUAUUAUUAUUGAUAUUUUUAUAACUUCUGUGAAGCUAGACAGCGAGCAGUUUCUUAUUUUUCUUUUGAGCCCGGAGUAGUCAAUCGAUAAAAAUCACUGGAUUGCUAACUAUUUUCAUCGAUUUCGAUUUUUAUCUAUUGGCUACUCCGUGAUGCAACUACACCCGGAACUACACCGCAGGGUGGCAGGUCUAAAUAGUGAAAAACUGGGCGUGAUUAAAUCUGGCCAAUAUCAGCCACCAGGAGAAGAUUUUAAACCCAGUUUUAAACAAAAGAUAACAUUUUUUUCAAAGAAAGUGAGUGUAAUUGUUUGAUCCUUCGACUUCUCAAUUGCAAAUCAAUUGUCGAUAAAUUUACCGUUUUCAUGAAUUCAGUUUUUAUUUUUUUAUGAGCAGAUGGACUGAAGUAUUUCCCGAUUUAAAUCGAUGAAAUCGGUGAAAAUCAAGAUAAAUCGAUGAACCAAACGAGUGUGUUAUCGAUUUCUACCGAUUGAUCGAUACAAUCGAUAUCAAUCAAAUCAGAUUCACCGAUUCUUAUCGAUUUAUCCAUUGACUACUCCGGGUGUUGAGUUACAGCGGCGAAGCCGCGAGGAGCGAGGGCGGAAGCCCGAGCGAAGAAAAAAUAAGAGUCCUCUCUCCACCCCAAUCUCUCCUCCUUUUUACCAUUAAUUUACGUAAUUUCACUAUUUCGCUCACUGCACGUGGGGAAGAAGGACGACCGCUCGCGGUCUACUGUGGAGCGCAAUUGAGCAUUCAUAUGAAAAUUGCGCUAUGUAAGUGACAACUAUUAUUAUUAUUAUUAUUAUUAUUAUUAUUAUUAUUAUUAUUAUUAUUAUUAUUAUUAUUAUUUAUUGUAGCAAUCGCUGAGGUCUACAAAAAUGAAGGCAACGAUGAGUACAAGAAGAACAAUUUUAACAACGCCAUUCAAUUCUACACGGAGGGAAUUGAAGUGAACUGUAAAGAUGAAGAACUGAACGCCAUACUGUACAGCAACAGGGCAGCGGCACGUUUUAAUUUGGGUGAGAAGUUGCUGUUAGUUGUUUUAGAUAUCAUUAAUUUCUUUUUGCCUAUCGGAUCGUUUUGGUGGCGGGGAGUGUAACAACUGCUAUAAAUAUUAGCAGUGAUUAUGUGACUACUGUGGUGAAAUGGUUCUAUCGUCUUUUUGCAUUCAUUCUUUCACAGGUAAUUACACUGAAAUAUUGGAUGAUGCAAAAAUUGCCGUGGGCUUACGACCAUCUUUCUUGAAAGCUUUUGUGCGAGGUAAGUUAGCUAUAGUCCCGUCGUCAAAAUUCAGUGUCGAAUCCAAGGGGGGUCGUUGGGGUGUGGAUCCCCCCAAUAUAUCUGACUCAUCAAGUAUUAAGCCAACUAGCUGCUAUGAAACUGACACAGUUACCCCUCAGUGGUCCUGCAUUUGCACUUACAACUUCCAUUUCGUGGCUGAGAAACAGAACUUGGUUGUUCAUGUUGCCUUUUAACCAUGGGACACUUGAUCAGUAUUAAUUAAAUCUGAACAGAGAAAGUUCAUCAUUUACCAAUUUUGACAUAAGAGGCGAUUGAUUUUUAUGAGUACAAUGUUUCGUGUUCACAUGUACUGUUGUAAAAAAAAACAAUGUGUAACGACGUUGAAGGAUGGAAAUUAUUGGCUUCACCAGGGUGUUCAGGUUGGACCCUCCUGAGCAAAAAUACCUGGAUCCGCCCCUGAAAUUUCUUUCCAAGGAUGAUAAGACAUUAAAAAGGUUGUGGCUAACCAAAUGGGCUGCAACCACGGCAACCGAAUGUUUCAGCACAAUAUCAAAAAUUUCCGAACUUUCUCAAACUUACUCUGUUCUUCUAACGCACCAGUCAACCUAUGGAAGAACCACUCUACAUCUGCGAGUAGUUAACGAUCUCCUCAUUUCCCGUCUCGCCUUGACAACAAACGUGAUGUUCUUGUAGUACUGUUUUAACGUUCAGCUGCAGCUGUAUUUACUAUGAUUUUUUGACUCUCUGAUCGGUCUGGUGUACAACAGGUUAAGUCAGCUUAUAUCUCUUCUCUAUCAGAAGCUUUCACUGCCACUGUUUAUAACAUGGUAGCAUGGGAUAUCAUAAUGCAAUGUUUGUAAACCUACGCAGUUGUCGCUACAAAAAAAUGCGCAGUAGAUGUAAUGUUGGCUGUGCAAUUGUCCUAUCCUGGACUGUUCCAUGUACAUGAUUUUUUUUCGCCGUUGUUUCCGCUUGCCUUUCAUCGCCCACACAAAUUUUCAAAUAGUCCUUCCCUUGAUACUACAAACAAGAUAAUCAGCAUUAGAUGCAUCAAAUGUGUUGGUGCUAAGCUACACUUGUUGUAUUUACAGGUGCAAGUGCCUGCGUUCAGUUGAAAAAGUUUGACGAAGCCAUCACUUGGUGUGAUAAGGAUUAG